CCCUCUGUUUUUGUUUGAGUUUGGAAGAAUCCAAUCCCCCACUCAACGUACCAGAAAAAAUACUGUAGUUAAUUAAAAUACAAAUUACACCAACAAUGGAUUAUUGUUUGCCGUGGAAUAUUAGUGAACGUAAUCCUUCUUGGAAGUGGCACGUUUGACUUCGGUUCGGUGUAAUGCCGAUUUUCGAAUAAUGUAUGCCUCUUCUUUGUGAAAUGGUUCGCUCCUGGUUUGAAUCUGACAGCGCUGCGAAACCCGGACAUAACGAUUCUUCAAUACCCUACCAACAUUGAAUGCAAGCGAAAUUUUUGCCAAACACCAGCUUGCCAAGCCAAACACUCACAUACUUUAUUUAACUGAACAUCACCAACGUGUGGUUACAAUGCCGAAUGUAAACGAGGUAAAAGAAGCGAAUGGAGAGACACCGAUCGACAUACCUUGUCUUCAGAAACUGGACUCUCCCACAGGCAGUCCCACUAAGGGGACCCCCUUACCAGAGCGGGCGGAGCUGGAGGGCUGUGUCUCCAACCUCAGCCUGGCCCACGAGAUUGUGAUGAACCAAGACUUCUGCUUUAGACAGACCAGCCCACCCAAAGACAGUCUGGAGGGGAGGGUGACGGAGGUGGUUCACCGAGCCUUCUGGGACGUUCUCCAGGAGCAGCUGUCCAGCUGCCCUCCAAACUACAGCCAUGCUGUCACCUUGCUGCAGGAGGUCAAGGCUACCCUUCUCUCCCUACUCCUGCCUGGCCAUGCCAGGCUGCGCGCCCAGCUGGAUGAGGUUCUCGACCUGCCUCUGAUCCAGCAGCAGGCACACCACGGGGCCCUGGACCUGCCCCGCCUGGCCGCCUACGUCACCAGCACCAUGGGCUCCCUUUGUGCCCCCGUACGGGACCCAGACAUCCGGGCCCUGCAAGGCCUCUCAGACCCAGUGGACAUCCUCAGGGACAUCCUGCGGGUGCUGGGACUGAUGAAGACCGACAUGGUGAACUUCACCGUCCAGAACCUGAGGCCACACCUGCUCCAGCAGGCUGUCCAGUACGAGCGGACCAAGUUCCAGCAGAUCCUGGACAAGGAGCCAGCCUCUCUGGACCGCACCACUGCAUGGCUCCGAGGGGCUGCCCAAGAGUUCGUAUCUAAGCCCUCAUCAGGACCGGAGGGGGUCCCCCCCCCCCCUGAUGGUGCUCCUGGUUCAGUCAGCCCCACGGCCGUCCUCAACAGAGCCUGCCUGAACCUGCUCCGCUGGGACCCACAAGACCACAACUACCCCGAGGUAGAGAGGCCUCUGCCCCUAGGCCUCCACCUAGGGCUAGAGAUGGAGAUGAUGCAAAGUUCUGAGACGGUUGUGAUGGAUCGGGUCCGUCUGGAUUCUCUGGGUCGGAGUCUGAAUCUGCUGGUUCUGGAGGCUGCAGUACUUCUGUUGACCACCACUCAUUGUGGGGGCACUGUUUCCUCGCAGCAUGGGUUUGUAGGUAAACUGAAGAAGACCAUCACUGCCCUGUUGGAGGGCAGUCACAGCAGGAGCUGCGACCUGCAGGGGGCGCUGCAGGGCCUCGCGGAGCAGGUGCUGGUGCAGGUGCGGAGCGUCCAGGAGGGGAGCGUCCAGGAGGGGAGCGUCCAGGAGGGGCCGCUGCUGGACAGAGACGGACUGGAGCUGCUGAAGAGACAGAUCUCAGAUCUGGGGAAGGCUGACAACCCUGUCCGCAAGCUCAUAGGGGAGAGAGUAUGGGGCUACCUGCAGGCUACGCUGGAGGCCGGUUCCCAGCAGGGGGCCCCGGCCCCGCCCCCAGCCCUGCGCCUGGUGGGGGCUGAGCUCACCUCGCUGGCCUCCUCCUUCUGGAGAAUCCUCCACUUCAACCGCUCUGUGUUCGGGCCCUUCUACGCCCCCAUCCUCAGGAAGGUCCUGUUCCCAGAGAGAGAGGCUGAGAUGGGGGAAGACUCCCGCUAGACCCCCCCCCCCCCAGCCUGGAGCUCCACCUCGCUAAUAAGCUGCUGGAUCACUCAGGAGACAGAGACAGUGUGUUGUAUAUUGUUCAACUGUAGGAUCAUGUAAAUAUGUGUUUUGUAAAAAAUGAAGAAAAAAAAGUAGUUUCUUUUUUUUGCAUUGUUGUGUCAUAACUGGAAUAUGCUUUGGUGGUUUUGCGUGUAAAAUCAUAUUUCUAUAGUUUCCGUCAGAAAUGGUCAACUGUUACAUAUAUUUAACAAUGUUCCAGAAAUGUAGUGAGGUGUUUAUUCUUACUGUUGGAAGGUUUUGGUUAUUUUCCUUUUGAUCUGCAGUUUGGGAUUAAAUAGUUUACAAGUUCAUGUGUGUUAACUAGUAGACAACAGCAUUAACCAAAGAUAGCAAGUCCUUUUCUUUCAAAUAAAAUGACAGUAAUCUUUCUGAACUGGAA